AAGCGUCCGUGCCCCUGCGGUCGGGAUAUUGACUUCCUAUUAUGAAUUUCCACUUCCCUUGAAAUGUUUCCAGAAGACCAUAAAUAGGAAGCAAUCGACAGUAUUCCUCAUUCCGAUCACACAUUAUCUUAGCGCACUUGCGUAUAUACAGUAACUAUUCACUACAUUGGCAAGCAUGAAGUGUCUGUUGUUUGUGCUGAGCUUCGUCGGCGUUAGUUACGCCUCGCAGGGUCAUUACGAAGGAGGAACCGUAACAUGGAGAGCCGAUCCGCUACAUCCUCAAAAUAUAAACGUGACGGUCCAGCUAAACUUCAAGCACAGCUACACCAACGGCUACCUGCACGAGCCGUGCACGGACGCGGCGAUCCAGCGGAGAGAAGUGCUUAACACGGAGGGGGCCUUCAAGCUUGAUGGCGAGAGGGUGACGUGGGCCAAGUAUGUCUGCUCGGCCUAUGACGAAGUCGAUAACUGGAGUAUGGGUACCUACACUUUUGCCCAUACUUUGAGGCCGGGCCAGACCAGCCUCCAAAUCAAUUACGAGGAAUGUUGCUGGCUGACGGACAUUGCUAACAACGGGAAGCAGGUGAGCGAGGGCCGGGGCUGGAACCUAGCCUCGACGGUCGACAUCAGCCCUCGACCCGACAACAACGCCAUCAACAACCCGCCCAUGGCUGCCGCCAUCCCGGUCUUUAAGAUGAACAAGGGAUGCCAGAGUGCCUUGUAUAUCCCGGCUUGGGAUAAUGACGCAGACAUAGUCAAAUGUCGCUGGACUGACCCCGACAGAAACGAAUGCAACAACCAGGAUGGCGACGUGUGCGGUCCCCUGUACGUGGACGCGAAGAGGAGGAAGAUUGGGGCGGAGCUUGAACAGGACACCUGCAAGCUGAUAUUCCGCUCGAAGAACCCUAAAGGCAUCUACGCCAUGUCGGUCAUGAUCGAGGACUUCGCCCCUUCGGACUUGACCACGCCCUUGAGUAAGAUCCCAUUGCAGUUUCUGGUGUCGGUGGUCCCGCGUAACGGCAAGUGCCGUAAGCCAGUCAUGUUGGACGUGCACGGGGCGUGCGUGACGAUCCCGGCCGGGCGACCCAUGCAGAAAUCCAUCACAGCUCGGAGCUCUUCCCCGGACUUUCGGAUUGAAAGCAUCGACACAAUAAAGCCCCUCGGCAUUACCGUUUCCCCCGUUGCCAAAGUAGAAGGAUCCGACACUGACUAUUACGUCAUGUUGUCUUGGACGCCAUCCAUUGGUCAGAUUGGGCGUCACGUGAUCUGUUAUAAAGCCGAAGAGGAAGGACGUUUCUACAGUGACAUGGCAUGUGUUUACAUCAAUGUUGUCGAUCCUGAUGUCUACGAACCACUGCAUGUGCUAAAGUCGUCGUCUGUCCCCGCAGAAGGUUCGGAAAUAACAGAUAGGAACUUCCGAAUACAAUUCAACAAACAGGUUUCAAGACCGGACAAGGCAGCUUUUAUUUCCAUCCUGGACGCCGAAGAUGAAGUCAUUUUCAGGGCAGACACUUCAUCAGAAACGGAAGUCGAGUUGCAGGGAAACAUUCUCAUGUUCUCUCUUCCGCCGGACGUUAUACUGAAGUACGGAAGCGCCUACAGGAUACGGGUUGAGGCGCAGGCGGUCAGGCCAACUGAAAGGUGUGGGUCGGCGCCCUCUGUUGACGAAUGGAAUUUCACAUGGAUGGGCCGCAAACUCCCCGGUAAACUGGAAGGCCCCGACACAGUUCUUGAGCAGCCCAGCUCGGCAGACUGUCGCAGUAACUUCAUGCAAGUGUUUGUCUCCAAGGAACUGGUCGGGGAACUAGACCCCUCCGCCAUGCACCUCAACGACCCGACAUGCACCGGCAGAGAAUACAACGCCACUCAUUACGUCAUCGGGACGUCGUAUAACAUGUGCCAAACAUCCGUACAGGCAGCCAAUGAAGUUGGUCUCGUGUCUUUCGAGAAUACGGUCUACAUCCCACCUCAACCGUACACCCCAGAGAGCGAGAUUACGCGAGAUCAUUUCAUCGAAAUACGCAUGUCCUGCCGUCUCCAUAGCGACAAUGUCGGCUACGUGGCCUUUGACCCCAACGUCACCACGAUCGUUUACUACGAAGAAGGCUUCGGGAAAUUUGACUUCUCGUUGGACAUGUACGAAGAUGUCUACUACGCCACGCCCAUCGAUCGCCACGCCCACCCGGUGCCCGUUCAACUCGACCAGCCCGUGUUCUUUGAGGCCCGCAUCAACUGCGAUCCAGAGAAGCAUUGCGACAGUGACGUCAUGAUGAUUGAUAGCUGUUGGGCAACGCCCACAACCAACCCUUUCGACGUCACUCGUUUCGUCUUCAUAAAGAAUGGAUGUGCCAAAGAUGACACCAUACAAUUCCUGCCAUCGCCUUCAAGUAACAUAAAGCGAUUCUCCGUUCAUUCAUUUGCCUUCCUCGAUGAACACAUCUACAACCCGGUUUAUGUUCACUGCAAAAUGAGUAAGUGCAAUGCCCAGGGCGUCGAAUCAAGCUGUGACGUUAACUGUGAAGAGCCAAUGGAAUCAGAGGAGUCGGUUGACGUCAUCGACGGCGACACCGGCAACAAUUUAGUGCGCAGGUCAAGACGUGACGUCAGUGACCAAUCUCCCCAGGCAACAGAGCACAUAGCAACGAGACGACUAAACCCAGAGGGAAACCUAGAUGCAAAUGCAACCGCGGGAUUCAACGCCGACGUUGUAGAAAUCGCAAUGCUUGGAAGCGUCAUAGUCCUACUGCUGAUGCUCAUCUGUGCCCAGCAUAUGAAACAAUACGCGGCUGGAGAGAAGACUACCAGUAGCGCUUAACAGAGUUUAAAUGACUUUUAAUCUAAAUCGGAAAUUUUACUAACAUUAUUUGAAUAGUUUAAAUAUCUCUUUUUCAUUAUUGUGGGGUAAAGGGAUUGGCGAAGUCUUACUUUACUCAAGGAAUGUUGCACACCAUCCUAAACUCGAUGAGUCAUUUUGAAAUCAGUGAUGGGGCUCGUAUGAUUCAAAAAUUCUGCCUUGCAGAUCUGCUUGCCUUUGAAUUGACUGGUUUGGCGGUACUUUACCAACUCUGUUUGAAGUAGAAUUUGUUUUAAAAUGAGUAAGUACUUUUAAUCUAUUAAAACAGGUAUUUCUGCCUCAAUUAUGGAACACUACAUUCAAGGAAUUUCACUCCAGAUGAUAAUUUAAUGAAAUGUCGAUUAAAUGUGGCAACAAUGGAAUCAAAA